CUGAUAUUUUUUAUUUUUGUUAACCAGGACAGUCGAGGCGGCUUCUCGGUUCGCCUGUAACACAAGCUUUCGUCUCCAUUUUGACCUACACAAGUAGCCGACGCGGCCAUCUGAUUGCCGGCCAGCCAAGGUUUCCCGAAUCCUAAAUGGCGCUGCCUUACUUGGAAGCUGUCUUGAGCUUUAUGAUCUUAAUGUACUUGUUUGAGACUUAUCUUGAUAUUCGACAACAUAGAGCUUUGAAGUUGCCAAGCCUUCCUAAACAGUUAGAAGGAGUAGUGAGUCAAGAGAAGUUUGAAAAAUCUAAAGCAUACAGCCUUGAAAAGAGCUAUUUUCACUUUGUUCAUGAAGUCGUAACCAUUGUAUUGGACACAUCAAUUUUGUACUUUGGUGUGUUACCAUGGUUUUGGAAGAAAUCUGGGGACAUUGCAUCACACAUUGGCCUGAAUUCUGAUAAUGAGAUAAUACAUACUUUGUCUUUUUUAGCAGGUGUUAUGGUUUGGUCACAGAUAACUGACCUUCCAUUUUCCCUUUAUUCAACAUUUGUGAUCGAGUCUCGUCAUGGUUUUAACAAACAAACAAUCUGGCUUUUCUUUAGAGACCUGUUCAAGGGAAUUUGUCUCUCUAUACUGCUCGGUCCCCCUAUUAUUGCAGCAUUAAUUUUCAUAGUGCAGAAAGGUGGUCCUUAUCUGGCAAUCUACCUUUGGGCUUUCAUGUUUGUGCUUUCCAUUGUAAUGAUGACUAUUUAUCCUGUUCUAAUUGCACCCUUAUUUAAUAAGUUUACCCCUCUACCAGAAGGGGAUCUAAGGGAAAAGAUUGAGAAAUUGGCAGCCUCACUCAAGUUUCCAUUGAAAAAGUUAUUUGUUAUUGAUGGAUCUACAAGGUCAAGCCAUAGUAAUGCAUACAUGUAUGGAUUUUUCAAGAACAAGCGCAUCGUUCUUUAUGAUACAUUAAUCCAACAGUGCAAGAAUGAGGAAGAAGUUGUUGCUGUUAUUGCUCAUGAACUCGGGCACUGGAAGUUAAACCAUACGGUGUUUUCUUUCAUUGCUGUACAGGUAAUUACAUUUCUACAAUUUGGAGGAUAUACCCUGGUGAGGAAUUCUAAGGAUCUAUUCCGGAGUUUUGGCUUUGAUACACAGCCUGUGCUUAUUGGUCUCGUAAUAUUUCAGCAUACAGUAAUACCCAUCCAGCACGUUGUAAGCUUUGGUCUAAAUCUUGUCAGCAGGGCAUUUGAAUUUCAGGCUGAUGCUUUCGCUAAGAAACUUGGCUAUGGAAAAUCACUUAGAGCAGGCCUUAUAAAAUUGCAGGAAGAGAAUCUCUCAACAAUGAACACAGAUCCAUGGUAUUCAGCCUACCAUUAUUCACACCCCCCAUUAGUUGAAAGACUUGCUGCGUUGCAAGAGUUGGAGGCUAAAAAGGAAGACUAAUUUUCACAUUGCUUUGCACUGCUUCCUAUAAAUUUAAGAUUAUCUUUUCUUUCAACGUUCAGCUGCUAAUACCCUCUUUUUUAUGAUAAGAAUUAUCAAGUAGUAUAUACAGCUAAAGGGA